AUGGAAUACAUAACACUAGAAAAUAAUCCAAACCCAAAUAGUACACGCAUAUUGUGCUGUCAAUGCGGUGCUCCUAUAGAGGCAAACCCCUCUAAUAUGUGCGUAGCAUGCUUACGAGCUCAUGUUGAUAUUUCAGAUGGUAUUCCAAAACAAGCGACCUUGUUUUUUUGUAGGGGUUGUGAAAGAUAUUUGCAACCCCCUGCUGAGUGGGUAGUGUGUGCGUUGGAGUCACGAGAAUUGCUUGCCCUAUGUUUGAAGAGAUUAAAAGGCCUAAAUAGGGUGAAGUUGGUAGAUGCAGGUUUUGCAUGGACUGAGCCCCAUUCAAAGAGGAUAAAAGUAAAAUUAACUGUACAAGGUGAAGUUAUGGGUGGUGCAGUUCUUCAACAAACUUUCAUUGUAGAGUUUGUUGUUCAACAUCAGAUGUGUGAUGCAUGCCAUCGUUCAGAAGCCCAAGACUAUUGGCGUGCUUUGGUGCAAGUGAGACAACGUGCAAAUAAUAGGAAGACCUUUUACUAUCUGGAACAAUUGAUACUUAAACACAAAGCACAUGAAAAUACAUUGGGUAUUAAACCAAAGCAUGAUGGCUUGGACUUCUUUUACGCUACUGAGAAUAAUGCCCGUAAAAUGGUAGACUUUAUACAGUCAGUUUUGCCUAUUAAAUGCCAACAUUCAAAGAAGCUUAUAUCCCAUGACAUUCACAGUAAUAUUUACAACUACAAAUUCACUUAUAGCAUUGAAAUAGUGCCUGUGUCUAAAGACAGUGUGGUAUGCCUUCCCAAGAAAUUAACACACCAGCUGGGUUCUAUAUCUCCUAUAUGCCUUGUUCUGAGAGUGACCAGCACAAUACAUUUAAUAGAUGCAAAUACAGGGCAAGUAUGCGACCUUUCAUCUACUGUGUAUUGGAGACAUCCAUUCUCACCAAUAUGUAAUCCCAAACAACUGGUAGAAUACACUGUUAUGGACAUAGAUAUUUUAAAAGAACAUGAAAGAAAAACAUUCCCCGGCCAGGGCGUAGUUUCAAACAAACAUGUGGUUGCAGAUGUGUGGGUGGUGAAGACCAAUGAGCUUGGACUUGAUGUUAGUCCUGUACACACAAGAACUCACUUGGGUCACAUUUUGAAACCUGGCGACACAGUUUUGGGAUACAAUCUAAGCGACUCUAACGUAAAUGACGUGAAUUUGGACAAGCUCGAUCGGGAUUCAAUACCAGAUGUGUUUUUGGUGAAAAAAUAUUACGGUGAGAAGUCAGCCAGGAGACGCGCUCGCAACUGGAAGCUCAAACACAUGGCAGAGGAAUUGCACGAAGGUCUGAGCUCCACCAAUGAGGAUUACAACGACUUUUUGGAUGAUUUGGAAGAAGAUCCGGCUUUUAGACAAAACAUUAACAUCUUUAAAGAUGGUAAUAAGAUUCCUGUAGAUACUGAUGAAAUAGAUCCUUCCUUGCCUCGGAUCACAUUGGCUGAGAUGUUGGAUGAUUUAAAUAUAGAAGAUGUUGAAAUGUCUGAAGUAUGA